AUGAACAUCAUACCAAGACAGCCUCGCACACCUACUCGCAAGAGCUGUAGCGGGACCGCCACACCGACUCCACGACGACGAGUUCGAGACGAAGUUGAGGAGGAUGAGGUUGUUCUCUCGGGGGAAAACGUCAAGGAGAUCACAAAGCGUCUGAAGGGCCACAGCCAGCGACGGACCCAUGCUUGCACCACCCAGAUCCCUCGGUAUAUCAGUCAAGGGUCGGUAUACAGCAUUCGACAGGUUCCUCUUACAUUUGAAUGCGAAGUAGGGUAUUUUGGUCCACAUAGCGAUGUGAUGGACAGCGAUACGACAAUACUCAAGCUACGGGACAUUUCCAGUGAGCUCGGCUUUCUGUUCUUCCUGGACGACCAGAUGGAGCCCAAUAUCCGACAGCAGCUGGAAAAGUGUUGGGCGGUUCUACAAACACAGCUAGGUGCUACUGUAGUUGCCGUGACUACCGACGCCCAUGCUACACAGAACGACUAUUCUAUUCCCCUCAUCUGUGACCAUACAGUUGCCCUUGCGCGAGCUUUUCGGGCACUUCAUCCCAUGGGAGGAGGACGCAUGUUGCUUGAUGCCAUUGCCAUGAUUGAUCGGGCCACCAACAAGAUCUAUUUUGCGCCUCUGAGUCUUGGAAACAGCACUGCUCAGGUGAGUCUUCGGUGUGAAGAUGUCAUGGCCUUUGUCGAGUACAUUUGGUCGGAACGUUGA